CAUUAGGAACAUUCUUGAAAGACUGGAGUGGACUGAGUGGUUGAAGAAUCGACUUGUGUGCGUUUCGUGGAAUGUCAUUCUGAACCAGCCGCAUCUGUCUGUCUUGUGCAACGCAGCGUUGUCUUGUGAGGAACAUGGACCACGUUUGUUGCUCACAGAUACUGGUGUGCAGAAUAUUUUCGUAAAUCCUCCAAUCAGCAAAUGGAUCAAUAACGAAGCGGAGAUAUUACCUUGGCGUCAAUUACCUCUUCCCCGUCUAACAACAGAUCCGUGUCUGAAAUUGAUCUCUACAACAGCUGGCCUUUUGAUGUUCGCACGCUGGCGAGAGGAAGAGCAGAGGUAUGUUUACUUGCUGUACGAUCCAGUGUACAGGACUACGAGAGAGGUGCCCCCUCUGUUGCCAUGGCAUAUGCUUCCUGGAAGUAGUAGUAGCAGCAGCGAGGCAGCCUCGACCAUAUUCCCUUCUCGUGGAGCUGGAAGUUAUGAAGUAAGGCCAUCAACCAAGCUGAUUGCUCUUCAGAUAUAUGUACAACAUUACGUCGAGUAUUUGAGAAUAUCAAAAUACGUUUCAAGCGGAAACUCUUGGGAAGUAAUUUCGGAAUUCCGCAGAGAAGAUUUGUCUGGGCGAAGUACUCCUAAAUCGCGGGUCUGGUUUACGUUUUCAGGUAUACCAGACUCAUUGAGGCGAUACGUCAGUAAUGUGUGCGUUAUUGGAGAUCGGACUUUCCUUCUCCUGAUUCCAAACUAUGACCCGAUGGCAUACUUUUACGAUUAUGAAUCUGAGCCGUCUGAGGAGCAUAACUUAUUCGUGGAGAAUAAGUUAUGCGAGGUCGUCUCCGACGAGCUUAAGAAACUUAAUCUGCCUAUUUUUAUGAGAAGGAACUGCCACAUACAAAUAUUUGAGCAUGGAAGUUUUUUGUACGUGGCACGAAGCUGUAGAUGGCCUCAAGAGAAAGUACAGCUCUGGAAAGUAGAGCUCUCGGGAGCAGUAAAUCCAUCGGGAGACAUAUCCAUCAAACUGGUGAGUAGUAUGCCAGUAGAGUUCGCUCGCGACCUCUUAUUCAAAUGUUACGGCGUCGAGGAGUCAAGCAUGCUCUCUUUCCACAUCGAGGCUGAAGGAGACUAUGCGUGUUUUACUGAAUACUAUAAUCCCAGUAGUGUCAUCGUCUUCGAUCUGAAGAAGAUCGAGUGGAAGAAGUUUGACCUCAAUUUUGAUCACCGGGGCCAAUUUUAUGGAAGGAGGUUCAUGUCUUUCCUUUGGAAGCCGAGACUUGAUCUGUGAGUGACUCCUGAUUGUACAUGUUUAAUUGCUCCAGAUGAUUCACAAUUUUGCUCUUGAUUUCUGUGCUAAAACAAAUCAGAUUUUAAGGAGUCCACAAGUUUUAGCUUCCUCAAAGUUAAGAUAUAUAAUAUAGAAGGGUACCUUCUGAUCCC